UUGUUCUUUUAAAUAUUUUCUUCCCUCUCUCUACUGUAAAUCCACCACAACAAUACAAAUCGGGACAAUGGCUGAAAGUUCUGGAGAAGCAAAGGUUUAUCUGAGACUUGUCAUCGAUGAAGAGAAGAACAAGGUUGUUUUGGCUGAGGCCGGUAAAGAUUUUGUCGACGUCCUCUUCAGUUUCCUAACGCUGCCAAUGGGUACGAUCGCCAGAUUGUUUAAGAAGCAUAAUAACAAAGCUCAUCCUCCUGUGAGUGUUGGCUGUUUUAACAACCUCUAUACAAGUGUUGUGGAUAUCGGCGUCGAUAAUUUUCAGACCGAAGCUUGUAAGCGGAUGCUCCUUUGUCCGAGGAGUGUCAGCGAUGUCCAGUGCCAAAGGCUCAAGGUCAACAUAAAUCCUACGGAGAGAGAGAAGUACUUUAACUGUCCUCUAUUCUCGCGCUGUAGGUUGUGCAGUAACUUCAGCACUACUCGAUGCCAAUGUGGAAACAUGAUGAAGGAAGAGAUUCGUGAAUCACAACUAAAAGUUGAAGAUAGCAAGCAACAUGGAGUGUUUGUCAGCGGUGGUGACUCUACUACGUUCAUCAUAACCGAUGACUUGGAAGUGUCGGUUAAGUCCACUGGUCUUGUCUUGGAAAGGCUUAAAUCUUUAGGGUGUGCUGAUGUUAGUAAGCUCGGGGAAAAGUUUGUUGGUAUUGGUCCCAAAGAGGUCCUGACUUUGCUGCAGUGUGUAUUCUCCUCAAAUGCUCCCUUGACGGAGACUUUCUUGAACAAGGGAAGCGCACUACACGGUUUGACACGGUCUUAUGAACCGUUAAGGCCAUGCAUGGAGAAGAAGGACGAAGCUGAACCAGAAAAGGUUUCAGCUAUAAACGCAGUCGUUAGGAAACAGGAUGGGAAGAUUCUAUUUGUCGAGUCCGGAGAUGAUUUUGUUGAGCUUCUCUUGUCUUUUCUUGCCGUUCAACUGGAAUCUGUAUUGGAAAUAUCUGGAGACAGUAUCACUUUUGGUUGCUUAGCAAACUUGUGCAGAAGCUUCAAGGGCUUCCGUGUUGUUGAAGAAACAAAAGCAGCACCAGCAGAUUCCAAAGUAGGUGUUCUCCCUUGUUUCUAUAGUUUUCAGGUGCAGUUGCCUGGUAUCAUCACUCUCGAACCACCGGUUUACUACCGGUACAUGGAUUCCUCUGGCAAAAAUCCAUAUGCCUUGACUAGGGACCCGAAUAAGAUCACUUAUUAUCAUAAUGACAAACUUGUGCCUGUGACUUUGGUGGAUCCAAAAUCCGAUGGGAACGAUCACCAGACCCAUUGUUCCGGGUUCUUGAAGAAAGAGACAAAGUUUACGGUGUCAGAUGAUCUGUUCAUUACACCGAUGAGCUCCUGCUCUACUGUUUGCUUGCUGAAGAAGUUGCAGACUAACGCAGAAGAUGUUGAUGUUCAAGAAAUUAGCAUCAGCAAAGCAGAGGUACGUAUGUAUGCUUGCGUUGUUUAUCCGGUUAUUUGAUUAUCUUGCACUUGUUGGAAUGAACUUGAUGAAAAUCUGUGUUUGAUGAAUCAGGCUGUGGAUUUGUUGAGAGCUUCGUUGUUGACUUCAUGUGCUUUAAGCAGUGCUUUAGGUGAUUUUAUUACAAAGAAGAAGCCAAGUAAGGAACCACUUUGUCAAACCGAACUUCGAAGGAGCCAAAGGAAGAAACAGAAAGCCAGUGAUUGUCAAGCCUCCUAGAUGGCUAGGUUAAUCGUUGAUCUGCAAAAAAAAAAACACCCACUGUCCACCCUUUUUACAAGAGCUACCAUGUUUCUCUUGUUUCUUUAGUCCGAAACAUUUUUUCUGUUUUCAUGCUUUUUUCUUUGGACUUUUGAAGGUUUUAGUUUAAAUUAAGUGAGAUAUAUCUUAUCAUUUCGACUUGAAAACCGUUACUCGUAACAAAAACAGCAAGAUAUUAACAGUAAACAAGCUGCUAAUCAUUUUCAGACAAAACAAAACACAAAAAAACUUAAUACAUGAGAAACACAAAGUAGUUGAUCUCAAAAUAUUAAA